AUGGGACCCACCAAAAACCAAUCUUUUGUUUCAGCCACAAAAACCGUUUCCUUAUCAAUUGCUGCCACAGAAACUGUUUCCUUCUUCUAGCAGACAUUCAUCACCGCCUACUACUAAAAUCUUCUCUGAUUCUCCGUCGUUAGCCAUUCUUCAAUUGCUGCAAAUUUAAGCUACGAUAAUUUCUCUGGAAUAACUACAAAUUCCCUCUUUUCAUACUCCAUAUUCACUUGAAAGUUUUCACCUUUGAUUACAAUAUUGGAGCUCCAAUUCAAGAGAGAAGCAUUGGAAGGAUAUGAAGUUGAUUGCUAAUCCAUCGUUGAUAACAAAUGAGAUUAAAAGCUUUAUUACAGGAAAGUAAUGGCGGUAAAUUGAAAAGGGGAACCAUCAGGAACAUUGCAAGCCUAUUUAAAACAAGUGUUAGGACAGUUCAGAGAAUUUGGAAGCUAGCAGCAAUUACUUCUACAGAUGGAAGAGUUGAUGUAUCACGCAGAUUUUCUAAAAGAUGCGGAAGAAAACGAGUGGAUAUUGAUUUUACUUUGAUCAUGGCAAUUCCUCUCCGGCGUCGGACAAACAUCAGGUCACUUUCCAGUGAAAUGAAAGUGUCCAAAUCAACCCUUCACCGACGAAUUAAAGAAGGUGCUAUAAGGCCACACUCAAAUGCACUCAAACCACAAUUGACAGAUCAGAAUAAGCAAGUAAGGCUUAACUUUUGCUUGUCAAUGCUUGAACCAGAAAGUCUCAACAGCAAUCCAACAUUUAUGAGUAUGUUCAAUGUUGUGCAUAUUGAUGAAAAGUGGUUUUACAUGACUAAAGAAUGUGAAAAAUAUUAUCUUCAUCCUCAAGAAGAAGAACCUCUUAGGACAUGUAAGAGCAAAAAGUUCAUUGUGAAAGUUAUGUUCCUAGCUGCUGUUGCUCGACCACGUUUUGACUGCUCUGGUAACCCAACAUUUGAUGGGAAAAUUGGGAUUUUUCCUUUUGUAUUCAAAGAACCAGCAAAGAGGAGUAGUAAAAAUCGUAUGGCAGGUUUUGCCUGCAAUACAUGCUAA